AUGUCUCGUAGUUCGUGGUUUGGUUUCUCUAUCGUUGAACAAAGUUUUGCUGAACAAAAUAAUAAUGAUAAUACUUUAUCAUCCAUAGACUCGCAAAACAAUGAUAAUAAUAUAUCUUCUUCAUCCCCUAUAAAAGAACAGGGAUGUUCAGAAAAUAUAAUAAGUGAAACCGCCUCGGAUACAUCAACUACAACUUUAGUAGAACCUUCCUCGAUACCAACAAAUAACUGUCAAACUUCUAAUGCUAUACCAAUACCAAAAAAUCCAAACAGCCGAGUUAGAAAUUAUGAUGAACAAAAAAAUAAAUCUUUUUCCUCUUUUAAAAGUUGGUGGUCAACUUCUUCUUCAUCCUUUAAUCAAAAGGAACAGACUAUUUCAAUACCGAAUACUACGAUACAAAAUAAUUUAACAGAAGAAAAACAAAAAUCAUUAACAGGUUCAAAUACGUCGACAAAUCAAAACAAUGAUAAAUCUAGGUCUGUUAGGCAUGAUAAACAACUUUUAAGACAGGAUAAUGGAUCAUCUAUUAGUAUUCUUACACCUAUAAACGAAAAUGGUCCAGAUGAAAAGAAACAUUCACAACCUAUUGAAGUAGAAAUAACGGGAUCAAAUUCGCGAGAGAAUGGACAAAAGAAACCGAGAUCAUCAGAUGCGGAUAUCGUAGAUAAAAAUUCUACGCUCAUUGGAAAAACUUCGGAUGCAAAAUUAUCAUCAUCAUAUUCUUCAAUGUCAUCAACAACCUCUUCAAGAGGUUGGUGGAUGUUCGGUGGCGGCAAUUGCACUUCCUCACGUGAAGAUGUCUCGUCCAACAAUUUAACUAUUUCUAAUACGGCUAAGCCCGAAAAUAUAAUAAGUAAUAGAUUAACAUCUGAACCAACUCAAUUUAAUACAGAAAAUAAACAGACGGAUCAGAUAUCAAUAGUUUCUAAAAAUUCAAAUUUAACAAAUCAUAUUUUAACAACAACUUCUGAUGAUGGAAAUUCAACGUCAACUGGGAGCACAAGGAGAGUCAAAAAGAAGUCAUCGUCUGAAAUACGGCGAUGGUCAUUAUUUGGUACAUGGUCGCCUUCAACAACAAACUUGGAGUUCACUAAUGAAGGUGAAAGCAGCAAGGAUGCUGGCGAGGAUGAUAAAUCAAAAUCAAAAUUUCAUUCAUUACCAACAUCCUCAUCAGCAACCAAGUCUGAGCCCACUACUUCCUCAAAUAAUGUUAAUGUAAAUCCUUCAAAAAAAGGCCCAAUUAAAGAAGAGAAACAGAACGAACAUUCAUCCAAAGAUUCUGAGAAUAAUGAUAAGAAAAGUCCACAAUGUAGCCAUAAACGGCCAACUAAUCCAAUUAUUCAGACUUUACCUGAAAAUAGGUCUUCUUGGUUGCAUUUCUUCACUAAUGCUUCGCAUACUCAAUCUAAAAGCGCAAAAAUUGAAAAUGCAUCCGAUAGAAAAAUGAUUACAAACGGUUCUUCUUCACCUUCAGAGAAGGGAUCGGCAAAUACGGCAAAUGAUUCAAAAAAUUCUCUCAAAGUUUCAACGACUGUCGAAGUUGAGAAAAAAAUUUCGGUGGAUUCAUCAAGCGUUAGUGUACCACCAAAGUUAAAACCCGUACCUGUUAAUGUUUUAUUACCUACUUUUGAGGAGUUUGCAGAAAAUAAGCCUCGCAGACAUCCGAAUUCAAUGGUACAGAAAACUUUACAUGCUAUAAACACAUAUUUCUUUCCUCCUGAUAGAUUACCUGAGAGUACCCUUCCAAAGUGGUUGGACGAAAUAACACGCUCGACCGUGGAUGUCAAGCGCAUUGCAAUUAUUGGAGUUCAUGGAUGGUUUCCAGCAAAAUCUUUAAGGGCUGUUUUUGGUGAACCCACAGGCACUUCACCUAAAUUCUGUGACAUGAUGGCAAAAGCUGUUCUAGGUUAUUUAUCACAACAUGGAAACAUUCUUCCAAGUGAUUCAAUUACUUGCAUUCCACUUGAAGGUGAAGGAACUAUAUCUACUCGAGAGGAGUUACUCUAUCAGAAUUUGUCAAAAAACAAAACAUGGUGUGAAGCCUUAUCUUUUGCAGAUGUUGUAUUUGUCGCAACUCAUUCACAAGGUACACCAGUAAGCACUAUCCUUCUUUCUCGACUCAUCAAAGAAGGACUCGUUCAUCCUAAACGACAACGUAUUUGUAUGUUGGCAAUGGCUGGUAUUUCGCAUGGACCUUUCCCAUAUUUAAAAGAAAAUUACAUAGUAAAAUAUUUUGUUGGUGCUGGUCGUAGUCAUGAUGCAGAUGCUGCCAGGGAAUUAUUCGAAUUUAUGGAUUCAGACAGUCUCGUUUCCAAAAAAUAUAGGGAAGCAUUGAAUGUAAUAAUUCAGAGAGGAGUUAAGCUUAUAUACGUAGCUUCUAUGGACGAUCAAGUAGUACCGGUACUUGAUCAUCCAUCAAUUAUGCGUUCAAUUUACAUCGAUGGCCCAUUGUAUCAACCCAACGAUUUCUUGACAAAUCUAAUUGUGUUCGCAAUUCGGUUACGUAAUGCUGGAAUUUUAGAUCAUGGGUUGAUGGUUCAAUUAAGUGAAGUUGUUGCUGGUUCCAUGUAUGGCGAAGGUCAUUCAGCAUUAUACAACGAAAUUAAUGUGUAUACUUCGGCAGUACGUUAUUUAUUUGAAACACCAUCACUUAGUUAUUGUAAUGUCAAACUUGAGCGUUUUCAAGCACAGCAGAAAAACAACCCGUAUUAUUUACCAUGGGCAAUGCGUGGUAUUUUAGAGGACCGAGGAGUUUUAGAAUCAAAUAAAUUUGCACAUGAGAUACUAAAGUUGCGAAAACAAUAUGAAGAUUGGGAGCCUGUUUCAAAGGUAAUGAAAGAUGUUAAAUUUCGAUUAGAACCAUUGAAAGAUGCUAUAUUAAGAAGAUCGAAGUUAUGA